UAGUUUUUAUAUAUUAUAAACAUUGAAUGAUUGUUUUUGUCUAAAUAUGCGAGCCCUCUGGAUCUGAUUUAAGUAUGAGAGAUAUAAAUAAACCUCAACACGAACUCAAAAACAGAAAACACAAAUAACUCAAGUAACUAGAAUUCCUAUAAAUUUGGACUGAUAAAUAAAGUUAGACUCUUUCUGUGUUUUGGAGCUUUUGAAUCUCUCUCUUCAACGACCCAAAACCGGUUGCUCUUGGCUGAACACUUUGUCCUAGUCCUGUUUCUUUCCGAAUUUGGCAUUUACUUAAUUGGUGGUGCAAACUUUCAAAAUUUGCUGAUUCAUACUGAAUUGUGUUGGGUUGUGAUCUGAAGUUCUUUUCUGAUGGCACAAUCAGAAAGUGAAGAUUUGCAGAUGUUAUUUUGGAAGAAGUGGAAUUUAUUCUUUCAAUGCUUGUAGGAUUCAACCGGACUCACGGAAAUAUACACAGAAGCUUGUAUGUUAUGAUAGGUUAUGGUUUUCGCAAUUCUUGGAUAUUUAAACUGAAGGACUUGGUGAUUUAGUGGGCCUAUUUUGGAAUUCUUAAGUCGGGGUUGCACGAUUCGGACAUGAGAAGCUCCUGGUCCAAUAAACUUUCUCUCAUUUUUGGCCCUAGACCGCCACUCAAUUGGUUACUCUUGUGCCUCGUUAGUGUUCUUGCACUAAUUGCAGUGUUGGGAUCAUCCUCUUCAAAUACAUUUGACUCUCUAACUCCCGUUUCAGUACCGGACAUCUAUACAAACUAUAGGAGGCUAAAGGAGCAAGCAGCGGUUGAUUAUCUGGAGCUGAGGUCUCUCUCACUAGGGGCUAGUCGACAAAGAGAGCUUGGUCUUUGUGGCAGAGAAAGAGAAAAUUAUGUGCCUUGUUACAAUGUUUCAGCAAACCUUUUUGGGGGGUUUAAAGAUGGGGAGGAGUUUGAUAGGCAUUGUGAAGUAUCAAGAAACAGAGAACGGUGCCUAGUUCGCCCUCCUAAGGACUAUAAGAUUCCCCUGAGGUGGCCAGCUGGUAGGGAUGUGAUAUGGAGUGGAAACGUGAAGAUAACCAAAGACCAAUUUCUUUCGUCUGGGAGCAUGACCAAAAGGUUGAUGUUACUAGAAGAAAAUCAAAUUGCCUUUCACUCUGAGGAUGGUUUGAUUUUUGAUGGUGUCAAGGAUUAUUCUCUUCAAAUUGCGAAGAUGCUCGGUUUAAGUGAUGACUCUCAAUUUCUUCAAGCUGGUGUGCAAACUGUACUAGAUAUUGGUUGCGGUUUUGGUAGCUUUGGAGCUCAUUUAGUAUCACUAAAUGUAAUGGCUAUUUGUAUCGCGGCAUAUGAGGCAACUGGCAGUCAAGUUCAAUUGACCCUUGAGAGAGGUCUUCCAGCAAUGAUUGGCAACUUCAUUACAAGACAGCUUCCAUAUCCAGCAUUGUCCUUUGAGAUGGUUCAUUGUGCUCAAUGUGGUAUUGUUUGGGACAAAAAAGAUUGGACGUUGCUUUUAGAAGUUGACCGGGUACUCAAGCCUGGUGGCUACUUUGUUUUGACCUCAUCCACAAGCCAGCCAUAUGGAAGUUCAUUGAGCAUGAAGAAUAGCAUGUUGACACCAAUGGAGGAAAUGACCCCGAAAAUCUGUUGGACUCUAAAAGCUCAGCAAUAUGAAACUUUUAUAUGGCAGAAAACUGUGGAUUCUGAUUGCUAUACAUCUCGCAAGCAGGGUGCUAUACCACUUUGUAAUGAAGGGCAUGAUGUUCGGUCAUAUUAUAAGCCUCUCGUAUCAUGUAUAAGUGGGACCACCAACAAACGCUGGACUCCAAUCCGAAAUAGGUCCUCGAGUCCCCAUCAGUUGAACUCUGCUGAGCUUGAAAUUCAUGGAGUUCAGCCUGACGAUUUCUUUGAAGACUUACAGAUUUGGAGAUCAGCUCUGAGAAACUAUUGGUCCUUGCUUACACCCUUGAUUUUCUCUGACCAUCCAAAGAGACCAGGUGAUGAAGACCCAUUACCUCCAUUCAACAUGAUUCGCAAUGUGAUGGACAUGAGUGCUCACUAUGGGGGUUUAAAUGCUGCUUUUCUGGAGGAAAGAAAAUCAGUUUGGGUGAUGAAUGUAGUGCCUGUCAAUGCUCUCUAUACACUUCCUCUCAUACUAGAUCUAGGUUUUGCUGGUGUUUUGCAUGACUGGUGUGAACCUUUCCCUACAUAUCCUCGAACAUAUGAUUUGCUGCAUGCGAAUGGGCUGCUCUCGCAUCUGUCUUCAGAGAGGUGCAGCAUGAUGGAUUUAUUCUUGGAGAUGGAUCGGAUUCUGCGACCUGAGGGAUGGGUUGUUCUCUGUGAUAAAGUGGGAGCUAUUGAGAUGGCGCGCAUGUUUGCUACACAAAUACGUUGGGAAGCAAGGGUGAUCGACCUUCAGAAUGGCAGUGACCAACGGCUACUUGUUUGCCAAAAACCAUUCGUGAAAAAAUGAUUGUUUUACUUCAGGAGAUUUCAUCAUUGCCGAAGUGUACAAUUGUUUUUCCUCUUUUUUCUCUGAUUAUAUGAAUUUGACAACAAAAUGUAAUACAUGCUCAGAAUCCGAAGAACCUUGAAGACGCUCAUGAGUCAUCACAGGGAGAGUGAGCAUGUGGAAGCUGUAGAUUAGAAGAUUGGCACAGAAGUAGCUGCAACUCUUUUUUUUUUUUCUUUUUUUUCUUUCUAUUUUUUGGUUUAAGGCGUUUGUAGCAAUUCAUUCAUCCAUUAUUUCUUUCCUUUUUUUUUUCCUCGUGCAAAUUUUUUUUCUUUGUGGGUC